AUGGACUGGCUGACACUGGUAACACCUGAUGAAAUGGAACGAGUCGGUAAGAACGCAAACACUAUUGAGGAGUUAGAGGCUGUAGUAAUGAAAUACGUGAGAAAUAAAAUGAAGGUCAAACACACAUACGAACCGAUAUGUAGUGAAUGUGGUAGUAAGUUAAUUGUGGUAAUAGAUGGAGCAGAUACAUGCGCACGUUGCGGAACUAGUGCUAUGAACAACUUCACAUACUACGUUAGUUACAAUCAUAACAAGGACGACUACCUAAAAAAGAAAUCGUCACAUAAUAGAGUCCGUUGGUUUGAGAGACACUUAUUCGAGCAUGUUGCUUCUCUUGUCAUAAUAGAGUCCGUUGGUUUGAGAGACACUUAUUCGAGCAUGUUGCUUCUGGGGAUAGGGAUACCAUACGGGAGCAGUUUAGAAGCAUCGUAA